UCCAAUGGACGCAUCCGGAACAUCGGCGGCUGCCCGGGUGACUCGGUUAUAUGUCACAGCAUAACAUUCGAGAAUGGGACAUGGAAUGAGGCGACGGCCGUCGCAGCGCGAGCAUCCUCCGCCGCCCCGAGACGCUCUGCAGCCAUGAGGCUGGCCGGCGCCAGGCCCGGCCGGUGAGCCGGGAGCCCCGCGGUCCCCGCGGAGCCCCUCGCCGCCGCUUCCCCUUCCCGCGUCCUGCCGCCCGGAGAGAUGGAGAAGGCCACCCCCGCGGGGCUCUGAACCAGGCCGCGCGAACACGCCCCCCACCAUGACCGGCUCCGCGGCCGACACCCACCGCUGCCCCCACCCAAAGGGCGCCAAGACCACCCGGUCCCGGAGCAGCCACGCGCGGCCAGUGAGCCUCGCCACCAGCGGGGGCUCGGAGGAGGAGGACAAAGACGGCGGGGUGCUGUUCCACGUGAACAAGAGCGGCUUCCCCAUCGACAGCCACACCUGGGAGCGGAUGUGGCUGCACGUCGCCAAGGUGCACCCCAAAGGCGGGGAGAUGGUGGGCGCCAUCAGAAACGCCGCCUGUCUGGCUAAGCCUUCGAUACCCCAGGUCCCAAAUUACAGGCUGUCGAUGACCAUCCCAGACUGGCUCCAGGCCAUUCAGAAUUACAUGAAGACACUACAAUACAAUCACACGGGGACCCAGUUCUUUGAAAUUAGGAAAAUGAGACCGCUGAGUGGGUUAAUGGAAACAGCAAAAGAAAUGACCCGAGAGUCCUUGCCUAUCAAAUGCCUUGAGGCUGUCAUCCUGGGCAUAUACUUAACCAAUGGGCAGCCUUCCAUCGAGCGUUUCCCCAUCAGCUUCAAAACCUACUUCUCAGGAAACUACUUCCACCACGUUGUGCUGGGAAUUUACUGCAAUGGCCACUAUGGCUCCCUGGGCAUGAGCCGAAGGGCUGAGCUGAUGGAUAAGCCACUGACCUUUCGGACUCUGAGUGACCUUGUCUUUGACUUUGAAGACUCGUACAAGAAAUACCUGCACACAGUCAAGAAGGUCAAGAUUGGGCUGUACGUCCCCCAUGAACCUCACAGCUUCCAACCCAUCGAGUGGAAGCAGCUGGUCCUCAAUGUCUCGAAGAUGCUGAGGGCCGACAUAAGGAAGGAACUGGAGAAGUAUGCCAGAGACAUGCGAAUGAAGAUCUUGAAGCCUGCAAGUGCCCACUCUCCAACCCAAGUGAGAAGCCGGGGGAAAUCCCUGUCACCUCGAAGAAGGCAAGCCAGCCCGCCCAGGAGGCUUGGCAGGCGAGACAAGUCGCCUGCUCUGCCGGAAAAGAAGGUGGCUGACCUCAGCACGCUGAACGAAGUGGGCUAUCAGAUCCGAAUCUAGCCAAGCCAUAGGGCCAGCAAGACUUCUGUGGUGCUCUCCCCUGCGCUUUACCCAACGUCUUCAGGAGGGACUUCAACUAUUUAUUAAGGACUCUGGAUUUUAUUUUUAAGGACUCACCUGGAAACAGAAUCUGAGUGGGUGGAACUGAGCUUUGAAGACUCCCUAGGAAGCAGCCAUGAGCAGGCUACCAAGUUAACCCCCCUGAGAGACACUCCCCCACUCCCCGCCCCCUGAGCUUGGCCAUACCCACUCAGCAGCUCAAGGAUGGCCACAAUGACUGUAGUUUCCGGUUUCCAUUUACCGACUUGUUUGACAUGCUUGGACAUUAUGCCUCACCUACAGUAAACAUUCAUGAAAUUCUCUCUACCACUUUUUGGUAUAGUAAGGUAACUCUAUCAGUAUUACAGUCUUUUUCAGCAAUAACAGAAGCAAAGAUGGGUGAGUUUUUUAAGCAGUUGAUAUUACCUCAGCAUUUUGGCAUCAGAUAUGCAAUCUUGAUGAUUUUUUAAAUAUUCUAUUUGUAUUGUUUUCCUAAUAUUUCCUGUAGGGAUCUUGACAGCUUAGUUGUUGUUUGGUUGUUUUUUUUCUGGUGUACUUGGGAUGAAAUAUAAGGUGUUAUAUGCAAGUGCGUUUCUAAAAAGCACUGAAAUUCUUUUGGCAAUACAGGAAACCAUUUUCGGGAUCUUGGAGUCACUUAAACAUUCACUGACAGCAGUUUUUGUUCUUUCAAACCAAAGCAUACUGAGAAGCCAGCCCUUGUUCUGUCACUGACAUUUAAACUUUGAGUCCAGCAAAAAGCACCAGAGGCCAUGCACAUGUCAUACAGAUUCUUUCCGUUCUGUCUACUUGCAGACUCUGAGCCAGGCUUUGGUUCUGAAGGGCUCCCUGCUGUUAGGCUGUGUUGCUGUCUCAUAUUAAGGCCAAGUGUGCUGAUGGGAUUGCUUUCCAGGAGCUUGCUUGUAGGUGCCACUUCAUGGCACUCAGACAUACUGGGGACACAAUUGAUGAUAGAAACAGGUCUCUUUCCCAACGGGUCUUCCAGUCUGGAGUUAGCAGAGUGUGACUCGGUCUCUCAAGCGGAGCUGGCCCGCCUCUGGGAGCUACAGUAACUUCUGGUUGCAGACCGCCUUGAGGAAGUUGAAGGCAUCCUCUCUUAGAAAUCCAGAGUUCAGCUCCAUGUCCUUUGUCUUAUCUGGGGAGCCAUGCCAUCUCAUGAGACCAAGGGUAAGUUCAAGUGGGUGAGUCCUGGAAGGAGUUUCCAGGUCCAGCGCUUCUCCUCCGGCUCUGACAGAAGGUGGUUCUAAGAAGGUGGUAGAUAAAAGGAACAGUUUGCCCUCUAAGAGUCUUUCCCAACAACACCUCUGGGGUGACAAGGAAUGCAAAAGGACCCCAUCCCGAGCCGGUAUGCACAGACCUCGCUCCACUCUAAGAGCCAGCAUCAUUCACGAAAGGCAUUGUUUUCUAGGAAAAAGAAGCUCAGUGCCUUUAGAAGUCAGAACAAGGUAAACUGAAGUGCAGUAAGUUUGAAAAUUCCGAACUUAAUUGCCUUCUUCAAGAAUCCUAUCAUCAGUGUUCAGAGUGAGUUACCAGGACGGGGCAUGUAGCUCAGCCAUGCUAUCUAGCCACUCGACUGCUUAUCCAUCUGAACUUGAACCUGCAGUAAAGAGACUAGUCAGGACACGGCCACCACCUAAGCACUUGGAACGGCAUUUGCCAAAGGUGAGCUCACACAAGCAGGUCAGAGGCACAGCCUUAUCUCUUAAGGACCAGGGAAGGAACAGCCAAGCUGUCCCUCACACCGCCAUGCCAGCUGGUAAGGUCAUUUCUUGCACUCUCUGGGUUUUAGAUCCAUUUCUUCAAAGCAAGGUUAGUCAUGGGAGCAUUUAGUAUGUUCCUGACUGUCAUCCCAUCUUACUGCCCAUAGGUUAUAUUGACUUCGAAAAAUACAGGCGAGUCACCGAACACCUAAAUUCUAAUGCAGUCGUUUAGUUAAAAUCUUAUGAGGCUGCAGGGAUGGCUUGGCAGUUAACGGCACUUGUUGCUCUUCCAGAGGACUGAGCUCAGUUCCCAGCACCCACAGCCACCUGUAACUCCAGUUCCCAGGGAGGACUCCCUCUUCUGGCCUCCUCAGGGCAUCUCACACACGUGGCAUUCACUCACACAGACACAUGAAUAAAAAUAAACCUGGAAGGUAACAAGACUAAAACUAACUCAUUUUACCUCUCUAAAGUGAUUUUUAGACUAGCUGUAACUCAAACGAUAAACUGAAAUGAUCUGGAAUAUAAUUUUUAAAGUGUUAAGAGAAAAUUUAUUCUUAAGCUACCUGGCAAAAUCUGCAAAGUUUAAGUGACAGAGAUCUUGAGACUAUCUGCUGUGCUGUUUUGAGCAUUUAUUUGGAAAGGGGACAGUCUUUUCUAGACACUGAAAUCCUGAGCUCGGCGACUUUUCUAAGUCGGCACUUUCAUAAGGAUUUCAUCAGUAGACACUGGCAACUUCGACUUUGAACUCCAGUGUUCUUACUACACCCAAGGCUUUCAUAAGCUACACUUUUAUGUAUAACCUUGUACAGUUUUUUUGACAUAUAAUUCAGAAUCUUGUUUAUUCUCUUAGACUUUGUUCUGGUCAAUACUUUUUUUAAAUCUUUCAGAAAACUGUGACUGUUUUAGUGGGUAUUUUUCUAAGUAAACAAAAACUUGUAUACUAGUAUUUUAGAGGACGCCAGAUAAGUGCAUGUUUCCGGUUAAUGCUUCCUCAGUACGUGUGUUUGUACACAGCAUGGAACUUUAAUAAAACCAUUC